GGGGGGGGGGGGUGGGGUUUGGAAAGACGGUGCUUUGCAGCGUUUAGUUGUGGCUGUUUCCAGAGGGGAGAGAGAUGGCGAUAGAUGAAUCGGUGGCAUCGAGGGAGAUCCAGUGAGGGUUCCUUGACGGAAGUUGAGUUUAUUUAUUUAUUUUUGGGUUCGAGUUUCGGAGUUUUGCGAGAGGUGGAAGGGGGGUUGUGGAGAAGGGAGCAUCUUAUGGGGAGAAUGGGGAGAAGUGACUUUGUGGGAAUGAAUGGCGUGGAUGUAUUUUUCUUUCCCGAGGGAUAGUUUUUGUCGAGAAGUGUUUGAUGGGAGCUGGAGGAGGUGAUGCAGCGGGCCACUGUUCUUACUGCGUAUCGUUACCAUGGGUGGAGGGUACUUGAGUAGUACAGUAAACAUGGGGGAAUCACGGGACGGAGGGUCACCAGCCAUGGCGACCCUACAGCAACAACAGAAACAUCAGCCUCUGAACCCAAAUCACCAGAACCCGAGAAAUCGGUCGAAUAGUAGCCCAACAAACUGCUAUAGUAAUACCGCUUGGGGGGCAAAACCUGCGAAAUUGGACACUCCCGAUGAGUUCCCUGUCGGGAUGCGGGUGCUUGUUGUCGACGACAAUCCCACUUGCCUCAUGAUUCUAGAGCAAAUGCUCGUUCGUUGCGCUUACCGAGUCACCACCUGCGGGAAGGCAACAGAGGCACUGUCUAUGCUCAGGGAAGAUAUCGGCAAGUUUGAUGUUGUCAUCAGUGACGUUGACAUGCCGGACAUGGAUGGAUUCAAGUUGUUGGAGCUUGUUGGAUUGGAGAUGGAUUUGCCUGUAAUAAUGGUGUCUGGGAAUGGAGAAACAAGUGCAGUCAUGAAAGGUAUCACUCACGGUGCCUGCGAUUAUCUUCUCAAGCCUGUGAGAAUAGAGGAAUUGAGAAACAUCUGGCAGCAUGUGGUGAGGAAAAAGCGGCGAGAAGUCAAAGCUGUGGCGACGAAGAGCGUCGAGGAAGCUGGUGGAUGUGAGAGACCGAAGCGGGGUGGUGGAGCGGAUGAUGCGGACUAUACUUCUUCUGCUACGGAUACCACUGAUAGUAACUGGAAGUUAACUAAGAGGAGGAAAGGAGAAUUUAAAGAUGAAAACGAGGAAGAUAAUGAGCAGGAGAAUGAUGACCCGUCUACUUUGAAGAGGCCACGAGUAGUGUGGUCUGUGGAACUUCAUCAGCAGUUCGUCAGUGCCGUGAAUCAAUUAGGAAUAGACAAAGCCGUUCCCAAGAGGAUUUUAGAGUUGAUGGGUGUACAAGGUCUCACACGUGAAAACGUUGCGAGCCACUUGCAGAAAUACCGCUUAUAUUUGAAGAGACUUAGUGGUGUCACGAGUCAGCAGGGUAACAUGAGUGCGCAUUUUGGAGGAUCUGACCCAUUCUGUAUGAUGCCUCCUGACAUGAGUCUAGCAAAUGGGCAGCUGACUCCUCAAGCGUUAGCUAAGUUUCACAUGUUAGGUAGGAUGAACGCAACCAAUGGAAUAGGCUUCUCUGGUGGCGGCCUUGACCCUGGGAUGAACCAGAUGUUUUUGCAAGACUUGCCUAGACCACCGCAAUUAAACAGCAUGCUUAGAAACAACACUGGGCUGCUUGCCUCUGUCCCCAACGGCUUACAACAUUUGGAGCAGCUAUCCGAACCUCACCACGUGCAUGUGGUGAAUGAAUUGGAGCACUAUCCUUCUAACACCAAGGUCUAUCCUCAGUUGAAUGGGAACCUCGAUGUGUCAGUCGGACCUCUAGGUGCCGCGAAUGGAAACCUUGCCUCAAAUCCCAACAGUGACACAUUGUUGAUGCACAUACUACAUUCAAGGGCCUCUCAGCAAGGCGUGGGUUCACCAUCAACUUUGCCACAACCUAGAUGUGGUCUAAACCCCACUCAUCUCCUCUCAAACGACAUCAACUUUGCUCCUGUAGGUUCUUUGCCCAACCUGGCUGGAAGCUUGGGCCCUGCAGUUGGGUUAUCAGCAAUACCGGGGUCGGCUGGUGGAAGGGAUCUCUCACCUUCAGUAGGUGGCUCAGGUGCUUCACUAUCAAGCCCUUUGGGCAGUUUAGUUCGUCGGCCGUUAAUGGCUGAGGAACAAUCCAAUCCCGUAAAUUCCACAAAUGGCACCUAUAGCAUGGCGCAUUCUGGCCAGUCACCGAAGCCCAGCGGUGAUACGUUGCCUACCCCGUUGAACGAAGGCUUGGAACAACAGCAGCCACUGUGGGCAUUAUACCAAAACCCUAUGAACCAAUUAAGUCACGGACCUUCCCAAGGGUUUCCUCAUGACUCCCUGCAAUGGUCGGUAUUGACAGAGAAUUUAAGCUUUGGAGAUAUGGGCCAGUCUCUAAGUGCGGGGCUGAUCUCGCAGUUUUCAUCUCAAGGCCAGGACAAUGGGAUUGGGUUUGCGCCUCCCAGUCAGAGAGGGUCAUACACUCGGCAGAGUGUUAGCUUCCCAGCAAGUUCUGCACUGGAUGGCAGAAUGGUCAGGUCCUCGUACGAGCCGUGAGGUAUCUAGUCAGGUCGAGACUCUGAACUGGAACACAUCCACAGCUGGGGUUGCGUAGUGACAAUUAAGCUCAUUCUAUGAAAGUCUCAACUGGAAAACAACUGAGGGUUCUACAAUAGUCUGCUCAGAGUUAUAUCCCCUUAUAUUCUGUCUAUUCAGACAAUCUAGAACUACUACUCUUUUGAGGUGCUUUCUUCAACCUCCCAUUGUGCAAGUAGUUCGGAGAGCCCUUAAAUUGUCUGUCGAUCAGCCACUAGGCCUUGUGUCGUUUUCUGAAUGGGUCAGACCCUAGCUUUCUCUAGAAAAUCCGCCAUUUCCACCACGUUGGCUCUCUGUGUCCUGGAAGGUGGUGUGCCUCAUGCUAGUCACAAAUUCAGUGACCAGUUCAUUCAGCAACCCAGACAACGUCCACAUCGCGCUAUGGUGAUCAGUCUUGGCGACCUGCCGGCGGUGGACACAACGAGGAGCGCAGCAGCUAGAAGCUGUCAACAUAGUUCCAACCUUUCUGAAAACCCCAGGCCAGUGUUUGUACCUGUUGCACUACCCGAACCUCCUCCUUUGUGCUUGACAUGCUUUGCACAUUCUUCAAGGUUGUUUACAUCAGCUGCUGCUGAUGCCUUUUGUGUAGAAACUGCUCACCAAUAUCCCGAACUUGCCCUAGAAUCUUUGGAGCUCAUGCUAGGCAAUGGAAUCAGACACUCAGAGAAAGGGAUGUCGGUCUUAUUCUCAUGUUCUGGGAUUUAAGUUUGAGACUUACCACACCAGUGUUCUUCACUGUGAUGGCAACAGCCUUGAGGAGUGGUGAUAUCUGAGGGUAUUAGUAGUAGAUAGAAGAAUCCGGCUUUGUCUCUCGAGAAAGGUCCGGAGUUGAAUCAAACUCCAAGCUCGCCGUCAGUAUGUAUGCAGUCUACAAUACCUUAGAAAAUUCAAUUCUGAAGCUGAGAACGCUUGAAAAUUGUUUAGCUAUGCUAUGGUUGGACUCUUUUAUGGGAGUAUGCUUUUGUAACAAGUUUUGUAAUGUUCCCAAAUUUAAUUUGUCAA